AUGGCGCAAUAUUAUAUCGGUAGUGGCGUAUCAGCUGAAUCUUCUCGCUCUGGGGAAGAUGCGCGCAAGCUCUGGACCGUCAAUCCCGGGCUGGACGCAAGCUCGUUAGAACCCGCCAGCGAGAAUCCGCUGCCGCCACCAUGUAUUCCCUUCUCGAAGGUCGAAUUGUCGGGAUGGCUGAGGGACAGCAGCACGUUCAAGGCCGUGUCGUACGCCCUGUUGCCCGGCGACGUCUCGUCCGUCUCGUGGUUCUGGGCGGUCGGCGUGGCGGCAAAGUCUUGCCUCGCGUCAACGGACUCGGAGAUCAGCGCCGGGUCGUGCGAUGUGUGUAGAGCGAGCGGCGGGUUCGACAAUGCAGAGCCUGGUUCUUGCUCGGGGUCUCGCGGUAUUGCAUCGAGGUCGGCCGCGUUGGUGAGGACGGUCGACGGCGCUGAACUGUCGCUCGUUUGCGGGCGAGGCUCGGAGGAGGCAGACGAGUCUUCACGGGGUUUGUUGGUUUGCUUGGAUGUGACCGAUCCAGGUUCGACGAACUGCCCAGCUCCCUCGUCAGCGAAUGAUCCCCCUUGCGCCUGUGCCUUUCCAUCAGAAGAUGAGACGGUCCAACAUACCCGAAGCGUCGAGUACGACGACGACGAGGCCGGCUUCGCGGUCAGUCCAGGCGCCGUGAGCGAGUUCUUAUCGAGGAACGAGAGGCGCGUGCCGUACUGGCAGUCGAAGCCGCCGUCGCGACAUCGCUGGCAUUUGGGUUUCCCUUCGUCGCCUGUCGCAAAUUGGCCCGCCGUUAGCGCAUCAAACCGAAGAACAUAUCAAUCGACGCCCGUCUUGAUUCCUACAUACAUUUACGCCUGCGCACACGGCAUUUCAAGCAGCCGGUGCGUGUCCUCUUGA